GGGCCGGAAGCUCAGGAAUGCAGUGAACUUUAGAAGUUGGGCUGUGCAAUGGCUUUUUUUUCCCCACUUUAGCACAAUAUUUGCUUUGGCUUCCAGAGGCCGGGAGACCGUGAACUGGGCUACCCAUCAAGCCACUGAGGCAUUGAGUUCCUCUAUGGAGGGGCUCUUCCAAGUGGCGCAUCUUGAUCUGGCAUCUCAUGACUCCCAUGUCUCUGAUGAAUGCAGGUAAAUAAGAGUCCUGGAGCUCACGCCCCAGAGGGAGGGGAGAGAGUGCAGCUCCACGGAGGAGGAAAAAGAAAAGAGGGGGAAGGAAGAAAUACAUGAGAAGAGGAGGAGAGUGGCCAGGGGUCCUGCAUCGACUCGGGCGCUUCUGGGAGAAGAGGAUGGCUGGAUGAAGACGGGCUGAACGGGGCGUGCUGUUGGAUUUGGGACAAGUGUUGGCUUCUGUGGGCUCCCUGGGCUCAGUCGGCAUCGGGCGCCUCGCUGGAUUACAAAACAGGAAGAGGGAGAUUUUGGCUGGAUCCCAGUAACUCGGAUUUCUCCUGACGUCGGAUUGAGUUAGGAUGCCGAUCCUGAAGCAGUCACCUGUGACCCAGUCGAAGAAGCGGCCCCGCAUCGACCGGGACAUGAUCAGUGCCCCCCUGGGUGACUUCCGUCACACCAUGCAUGUGGGCCGUGGUGGCGAUGCCUUCGGGGACACCUCCUUCCUAAGCAACCAUGGGGGCCCCAAGCCCAACGGCCUCCCCACCGCCACUGAUGCCCUGGCUCAGGCUGAGCUCCCCCAGCUGCCUGCAGGAGUGCCGGGCAGCCCCACUCCCUUGGGGGGCAGCUGCUUGGAUGGCGGGGGUAUUGCCUUGCCAUCACCCCCUGGCAGCCUGGAUGGGGAGCUGUGCUACGGCGAGUCCCUCUUCUCCUUUGAGCUGGAUCUGGGGCCCUCCAUCUUGGAGGAGGUGCUGGGUGUGAUGGACAAAGGGGGAAGGCCUCAUGAGGACAGCCGGGGGGCGAGGCCAGUGGGGGGUGAGGGGCUGAGUCGCAGCCCAAAUCCCCGGCAAGGGGAGGAAGAGUUGGAGGAGGAGGAAGAAGAAGCAGGCUCUGGGCAUGGCUACUCAUUUGACGAUGAAUUGGAUGAUGAGAUUGGGCUAUAGGGGAGGGGUCUUGGCCCCCCCCCCCCCCGGCCACAUCCUGGACUCUUGUCAUUUCUGGUUCUUCUCCCACUCCCCUUGCUCUCCUUCCUGUGUUCUUUUGACCUCUUCCACCGUCUUUCCCUCCCUCCUCCCCUCCUCAGCCUCGGUUCCUUCCAGACAUGUUCCCAGGAGGUGCCAGGCAUGGAUCCUGUUCUCCCCUCCUCCUUGCUUCUGGGCUUCAUGGAGAUGACCCCCCACUGGCAUCCAAUUCACAGAUCCUUUCACCAGUCCAGCCAGGCACCCAUCGUCUGCCAAUGCAUCAGUUGACCCACCAGAUGGCAAAUGGAUCACUCUGCGAUUCCCUACCAGUUUGAGCAAUCAACCCAACCAUGGACAAUCAACCCAACCUAUGGACCGGUCAACCCAGUGGCCAGUCAGCCAUUGCCUCAGUACUCAGUCAUCACCAUUCAAUCUACCAACAGUUGCCCACUGACUUGGCAUCCUGGCUGUUGAUUACUCAGCCAUCACCCACCCGCCAUUAACAACUGAUUCAUUCAUGGACAAGUCAAUUACCCACCUGCCUAUUAAUUGGUCAGUUAUCUCUUCAAUCAGGUAGCACAAUAGUUAAACAAUGGAUCUGUCAACCCACCUAUCAGCAGUAAACAGACCUGUCAAUGAGAUGAUCAACCAGCAGUCAACCUGCCAAUCAGCAGACCAGUCAGCAGCCUCCAUGUCUGCCCCUUAGUGAUCUACCCUCCUCUUGGGGGCCCAAGCUGAUGAAGCAGAGAUGUGGACAGGAGCCAUGGAGCCAGGAGGGGGCAUAUGGGUCCCUCACGGGGUUUGGAGGUGUUAAUACAUUAGCCUGGGAAGCACUGGGAACCAGGACACCAGGUUCUGUUCCAGCUCUGGGGAGGGAAUGGAGCAUCCAUCUGGUUAUGAGGAGAGGUGGCCUCAUGUUACUAGGGUUUGGGUUGGGGAUGGAGCCGGGAUAAAGGGAUGUUUAUUCCAAUGUUGGGCAGAUGCGUUAGCACUUAAGAGGGCAGCUGUGAAGCUGUGGAGGGAAGAGGUUGUUCAGGGGGGCCCAUUAAUGGAAUCCCUGGGUGGUGUUUUGCUGAAGUGAAGUCCUGCUAUCUCCCUAUGGCCGGAGGUGAUGCGGUGGGGAUGGCAUAGGAGCUUAGGAGGGGCCAUGAUCUCUUGUAGAAGUGCCUGCUCUGAGAUCUCUGGGUUCAGUGUCUGUUCUAGGGGGCCAGAGUUGGGGGGGUUGUCCCUAUGGGGUUUGACCUGGGCUGUGGUGGGACAGGAAUACUGGUUGAUGGGGAGAUGAAUGCACUGGAGAGGUAAGAGGAAAGUUUAGGGAAAUGGCCAAGGACAGGCUGGAGGUGGUGAUUUGAGAAGCACUGAGAGGAAGGUGAAAGAAUGUGGCAGAAGUAUGGAUCAGGACACCUGGGUUCUACUUCAGCACAGAUGCGGGGAGUGGGGAGCUGGGAGCCAGGUGCCUGGCUUCCAUCCUUGCUACAUCACUGAUUUGCAAGGGGGACCUCAGCCAUAUCCAUUCUUGCUCUGUGCCAGUUUUUGCCUCUGACAUGGAGCUGCUGUUGCUGCCCUAGAAGGGAAGGCAGGGAAGGCUCUGUGAUUCUCCAAUAAAAGCUGCUAUUUAGAUGCUAAGAAUCAAUGCAUCUAUCAAGCCCUGACUGCAUGGGGGUCCAGGCUGAAUCCUGAUCUCAACUCCCCUGGGUCAAGCCCAGGUAUCUCCUUUGCCCUUCAUCAUUCCCCUGUAUGCCUCCACUCCCAUCCCCCACCCUGCCUUUCACCCUCUGAGUCUCCCCUACCCCCCCAAUGAAUCUUUGCAUAUAUUUUUAUAUCUCUGUAUAUUGUUCCCUGUGUAUAAAUGCCUCUUAUGCCCCUAGCCCCAGCCCCAUGGCUGCGUCCAUUCUAAGGCAAAUCUUUAUAUGGCGAGAGAAAGUUUGUAUUUCAUGCAGUUGAAUAAAUGUGGUUCUGAUCUCUA